AUGGCCGACGCCGCCCUGGGCGCGGCCGUCUUCGAUGUCUGUUCGGGCGUCGCCGCGCGCGCGACGCGCGGCGUCGUCGACGAGGCGGCGGGCCGCCUCGAGUUCCGCCUGGGCAUGGUCGCGGCGCGCGUCGCGUCGCUGGGCGUCACCUUCCGCUUCGAGGCGCCGGCGGCGGCGCCGGCGCCGUCGACGGCCCUCGCCGUCGUGGAACCAUCGGUGGCGACGCGGGACCCCUGGGCCUGGUCGUCCUUCGGCGACACGAACGCGAGCCGGCGCUGGACGGCGGCGCUCGACUGGCGGGAGGCGGCGCCGGGCGUGACGUUCGCGUCCGAGAAGGACGAGGCGCGCAUGGCGCUGCCGGACGGCCGCACGCAGCUCGACCCCAUCGUCGAGACCUAUCUCGGAAACAACGCGGCGCGCGUCGUCCGCGCCGUGCGGAGCCGGAGCCGGAGCCGCCAGCACGGCCGCCCGCUCACGGGCCCCAUGAAGCCGCGGACCAUGGCCGAGGCCGUCGCCGCCUGGAAGCGGCGCGAGGCGCGGCGGGCGGCGCCCAUGACCCUCGCGGAGCGCGAGACCCACUGGAACGGCCGCACGCUCGGGCCUCCCUUGCCCGCGUACGACGCCGUCGGCGACGCGCACUGCACCUACACGCUCGGCGUCGCCUUCGCCGCGUCGCCCUACAAGGCGGCCCUCGAGGCGACGCGGCCGGGCUACCGCGACGACCUGCUCCGCGCGCCGCGCGUCUACCACCGGCCCAAGUGGCCGACGGCGACGCACGCGUACAAGGACGACCCCGUGCUGCCCUCCUUCUCCGUGUCGUCGUGCAGCGAGCCGGGCCCGGACGCGCGCCACGCCCUCACGUCCGCCGGCGCGGCGGCGCGCCGCGACGCGGCCUACGGGUCGUCCGUGGCGCACGCCGAGGGCCGCCGGUCCCGCGUCUACCACGUGCCCCUGUCGCGGACGGACUACAACAGCGGCAGCCUCCACCCGGUCCGCGGCUCCCUCGGGCCCGAGGAGGGCAGCCUCCACUGGGCGUCCGUGCCCGCGCGGAACUGGUUCAAGCUCCAGUCGGAGAAGACGCGCUCCUUCCACGGCGACAGCUGGAUCGAGAUCGUCCAGGCCAACGCGAUCCACGCGACGACGCGCGACCUCGCCGUCGAGAACCGCGCCAUCUCCAACCCGAAGCUCCGCAAGCGCGGCCGCGCGAGCACCGUCGCCGAGCCCGUCGCGCCGCCCCAGCUCAAAGCCGGCUUCCACCGCACGGCCAAGCAGCCCCUCCUCAAGCAGAAAACCAAGAAGCUCAUGAUGGUGCAAAAGUCCGUCGCGGCGAUCAUGCAGGCCGCGAAGAAGCCCGUCGUCGGGCGGGCCAAGUCGUGGGUCACCAAGAAGCAGAAGCCGAGCAAGCUCGUCGACGUCUUUUUGCAGUUCGACCACGACGACGCGAACGCGCUGGACUACGCGAAGCUCGAGGCGCUGCACCGCUUCUACGGCGAGCCCCUCGACGCGCACCAGCUGCGCGACGACGUCGACACCUUCGGCGACGACUACGGCGCAAUCGACUUCGCGGGAUUCGUGCUCCUCGCGCGGCGGCGGCAGCGGCGCGGCGGCUUCCGCGGCUUCGAGGACGCGGCCGCCGCGUCGGACGACGCCGCCGCGGCGCGGCGCGAGGCGGAGCUCGACGACCUCCUCAUGCGCGCCCAGGCGGCCGACGCCCUCGCCGCGGCCGCGCCGCGCGCGCCGCGCAAGGCGGCCGCGCCGCAGUUCGACCGCCCGCUCUCCGGCCUCCGCACGUCCGCGGACACGGCCGCGCGGAGCGGCCUCAACUGGGGGCUCCUCAACGACGCGGUCAAGCGCCGCGCCGAGGACCGCGCCGAGCUCGCCUACAAGCCAGAGCCGCCGCGGCGGAAGCGGGGCGGCCGCCGCCGCGUCGUCCCCUACGACACGGCGUUCUCCGCGCCCUCCAUGCUCAGCAUGGAGAUCAGCGACAUGUUCGCCGCCGUCGAGGCCGCCGUCGUCCAGCUCGCGAAGCCCUCCCAGACCCUGAGCACCCACGUCUCGAGCGCCAUGGACGUCGCGACGCCGCAGGCCAUGGACGCGGCCAUGGCCGGCGCCGCGCCGAGCUCCGGCGCGGCGGACGCGAGCAGCCAGAGGCAGGACAGGUCGCCGACGCUGCAGCCGACGAGGCACCGCGUCGUGUUCCGCGCGGCGCGGCGCCACGACGGCGCGUCCGCCCAGAACGCGGCGGACGACGCGCCGGGCAUGGUCCCGCCGCAGGACGGCGCGCCGGGCGUCGUCCCGCCGCGGGACGGCGCGGCGGACGGCGUUCCGCCGCGGGACGACGAGGCCGCGCGCGACGCCGCGGCGACGGGUCGCCCGGCGUUCGCCUUCGGCGCCGCGCCGGCCGGCGGCGGCUUCGGCGCCGGGAGCAGCUUCAUGGCGUCGGCGAAGCCGCCGCCGCCGCCCGCGCCCAUGGAGUCGUCGCCCGCGCCGCCGCGCGCGCCGCCGGCCGCCGCGAACGGCGCCGCGCGGCCGUCGUCCAAGGCCGACAAGGUCGCGAAAUGCAACAAGGCCUUCCUCGCGUGGCUCCAGCGCCAGCGGGCGGCCGCGCCGUCGGCGCCCUGGACCGCCGGCGUCCGCGACUACGUCGCCUACGUCGAGAAGCUCGAGCGGCUCGCCGGCGACGCCGCGCCCGCCGCGCCCGCCGCGCCCGCCGCGCCCGCGGCGCCCGCGGCCGCGCCGAAGCUCUUCGCCGCCGAGGCCGCGGCGGCGCCGAAGCCGGCCUUCGGCUUCGCGCUCGGCGGCGGCGACGCCGCCGCGCCCGCGCCCGCGAAGCCCGCGGCGCCGCUCUUCGCGUUCGGCGCGCCCGCGCCCGCGGCGCCCGCGGCGGACGCGGCGCCCGCGAAGCCCCUCUUCUCCUUCGGCGCCGCGGCGCCCGCGGCCGGCGCGGCCCCCGGGGGCUUCUCCUUCGGCGCGGCGCCCGCGGGCGGCGGCGCGGCCCCCGGGGCCUUCUCCUUCGGCGGCGGCGCGGCGGCGGCCGCGCCGGCGGCCGCCGGCGACGACGACGAGGCCAUGCCCAAGGAGGAGCUCGUCGCCGUGCAGCGGGGCGACGACGGCGACGAGUCGACGGUCUUCGAGUCGCGCUGCGCCAUGCGGCGCUACGACAAGGGCGACGGCGGCGACGCGCCGCAGUGGCGCGACCUCGGCAAGGGCCAGCUCCGGGUCAUGGAGCGCGGCGACGGCGACAAGCGCGUCGUCGUGCGCAACGACGUCGGCAAGGUCGUGCUCAACUUCGCGCUCGCGGCGGCGAUGAAGGUGCGCAAGACCAAGGCCGGCGUCGCCGUGAGCGCGGACAGCGGCGCGGGCGUCCAGCAGUACCUCCUCCGCACGAAGGCGCCGCUCGAGGCCGCGCACCUCGCGCCCGCGACCUUCGCCGACUGA